AUGACCAAAGAUGAGAACUUUAUUGAAGUGUACGCGCAGAUGGAUGAGCAAUUCAAAGAGGAACGAAGAAAGCAGAAGCGAAGGUUACAAGAUCAGUUGCGACGAAUUCGAAGAAACGAAGAGAAAGGAAAGACUGGGCAUACGCAGCAGCGCGUCGUCGAGAAGAAGCCUGUUCCUAUCAAACCGAACUUGCAAAAAAUGCGAUGUUCUGCUUGUCAUGGCACUGGUCACAUGAAAACGAACAAAAACUGUCCUCUUUAUGGCAAGGAUCCAGCAAAGACACCGUUGAAGGAUGCCGGGUCCGGUACAUCGGAAGGUGAAGAAGAAUCAACUUCUCUCACUGGCGAGCUAGUGGCAGUAGAAGGCACGAAAGUGAAGAUUAGUCGAAAAGUUAUCAACAGUCACGAGGGCAAAAAGAAGAAGCUCAAGAGUUCACUUCCUCGACAUUUGGCUGAUGAAGCACGAAAACGAGGUGACGAGUCGAUAGGUUCAUCUGACGCUGGAGGCGCUUCGCCACCCAUGUUGAUAAAACAAGAAAAGGAAGGCGAAUUUGAUAGCGAUUACGAACAGAAUGUGACACCUGUAAGGCCGAGACUCAAUGCUGGUGCUGGUAUCUCGUCUUCGAAGCGACGUAUAUCCAGUCUACCCGAGGAGGAUUAUCUUCAAGGUCCACAUAAGAGUGUGCAACGAAUCCGCGCGGAUCCAAAGGUCACUAUGGGCACAUUGCUGACUGAGAUUGUGAAUGAGUUGAAGACCAUACCUGGAUCAGAACAUCUCAUGUUUGCUGUGAAUGCCAAGAAAGUCAAGGAUUACUAUGACAUCAUCAAAAACCCAAUGGAUCUGCAGAAAAUCAAAUGUAAAAUUGCAGACAACAAAUAUGAACUUCGUCAAGAGUUUUUGUUGGAUGUGAAACGUAUGCUUGAUAAUUCUCGGCUUUACAAUGGUGACAAUCAUGUGAUCACAGAUGCUGCAAAGAAGAUGUUUGAACUUGCAUCGAAGCGGCUUGUGGAGAAGGAACAACAGUUGAUGAAGCUAGAGAAGGCUAUCAAUCCACUACUGGAUGACAAUGAUCGGGUCGGAUUUGGCUUUGUUCUCGAAAAGAUAGUCCAAGCUUGCAAAAAUAUUCCGAAGUCUGUGCCUUUCCAUACAAGAGUGGAUGCGAAGAAGGUAAUAUUGUUGUAA